AAAUUAGCCCUUUAACAGAAGACAGGACUGGCUCUGGAAUUUCAUGUCCAGUGAGCAAAAUAAUUCUUUAGAGAGUCUCACUCCAACUUCUGCCUUUCCAGGUUUGGGAGAGUAAUCCACAGAUUUAUAUGACAUUCGAAAAAUAUGAUACUAAAAGAUCAAACAACAAUGUCUCUGGUAGAUGUUACAAAGAUGUUUUCAAUGCUUCAAGCUAAAGAAGAAGAACAAGGCAAUGAGGAAAGCCAAUUGCUUUUUCAAGCAGUAUCAAAUGAUGACCACAAGCUGCUUGCUGAACUCCUGUCUCAAGAAAAAUACAAGAAAUUCAUUAACAGACGAAGUGGCUGGGGUAUCCCUGGAACCCCUCUUCGUCUGGCAGCUUGUGAGGGCCACUUGAAAUGUUUAGAAGUGCUUCUCAGCUUUGGAGCAGAAGUAGAUAGUUUAGAUGUGAAAGCACAGACUCCACUCUUCAUCGCUGUUCGAGGUGGACAUUUAGAGUGUGUUCAAGCAUUGCUUGCAGCAGGGGCCGAUCCCAAUGGAAGCAUACACAAUGGCUGUUCUCCAUUGCUAAAUGCUGCAAGGCAAGGAAAUGUGGAGAUAAUAAAAGAACUGCUAAAUCAUGAUGCAGAAAUCAAUGUCAGGCAGAAACUUGCUGGCUGGGCCAGGAAUCCCGCAAUAUGCAGUGGACCACUUUAUCUCUCAGCUAUUUAUAGACAACUAGAGUGCUUUAAAAUCCUACUUGUGUAUGGAGCAGACCCGGAUUAUAACUGCAUAGAUGAGGAAGUACUGGCAAGGCUUAAUCAUCCUAAAACUGUGCUGGACUCCUGCUUAAAACAUGGCUGUGGCACAGAGUAUAUUAAGCUACUCAUUGACUUUGGAGCCAAUGUCUACCUCCCAACUUUUGUCGUGGAUCACACUGUGAAAUGUGAGGCGAUGGAUCUUGUAAAUCAUGAAAGAGCUCAUCCCAAAAUGCUGAUGUCUCAGUGCAGACUGGUGAUAAGAAAAUCGUUAUUGCAAGCCAAGGAACUACAAUCAAUAGAUCGAUUAGAUAUACCUGCCAUACUGAAGGACUACCUCAAACACGAAACUGUUGUGCAAAUUUCAGCAGUAUGACAGCUUGUAUGAAGAGAGAUGGCAAAACACGGAAAGGAGUCUUCAGUUUGCACACUUCAUGAAAAUUAUUGUGCACAAUUCUAGUGUUUGUAAAGCAAACAAUAAUACAUAUGCUGUUUACUCAGUCUGUGGCUUGAUACUGUGGGAUUGCAUAGUGGAAUAAAGUAGAUACUAUUAAUAUCAGA